CGCUCGACCCCCGGCCCCCAGUGCCCUCGUCGCCUCCGCCGCCCGCCGCCUCCGUCAUGGCUGAGCCCCGCCCCGGCCCCCUCUCCUCCCUCCCCGCCUCCCCAGCGCCCUCCGCCGCCCACACUUCCGGUGUCUUCGCUGGCCGCGGCGUCGGCGCUGUCGAUGGUGCCGCGGGCGUCCGCCUUCACGGCCGUGUUCCCCUCCGUGGGGCGCGCGCCGCUGCCUGACCUUGCGGCGCUCAACCUGGCGGCCUUCGAGUCCUACCUGGCACUCUCCGGGCUCUCGCGCCUCACGCAGCCGCGCCCGUCCGACGCCCUCGCGUCCUCCAACAAGAAGUUCGACUUCUCGCGCCUGGCGGAGAGCGUGUCCGAGGGCGAGAAACGCCCCAGUGGCGCCACACCUCCGCCGCCUCCCGCGGUGUCGGCGGCGGCAGCGGCGACGGCGGCUGCCAACCUGGCGCAGGUGGCGCCGCUCAUGUCCUCCGUCAGGUCGCUUCCGCUCCUCGCCGACACGUACCCUCUGCUCCUCAACCCCCUCUACCAGUCCAUGCUGGCGCAGCAGCAGCAGCAGCAGCAACAACAGCAACACCAGCACCCUCCCCUGGGGUACCGGCGGGCGACCGGGGGGAGAGGGCGGGCGCCCAGACCAAAAAAGCAGUUCAUCUGCAAGUACUGCAACCGGCACUUCACCAAGAGCUACAACCUCCUGAUCCACGAGCGCACGCACACCGACGAGCGGCCCUACACCUGCGACAUCUGCGGGAAGGCCUUCCGGCGCCAAGACCAUCUGCGAGACCACAGGUACAUCCACAGCAAGGAGAAGCCGUUCAAGUGCACCGACUGCGGGAAGGGCUUCUGCCAGAGCCGCACCCUGGCCGUGCACCGCAUCCUGCACAUGGAGGAGUCGCCGCACAAGUGUCCUACGUGCGGCAGAAGCUUCAACCAAAGGAGCAACCUGAAGACGCACCUCCUCACGCACACGGACAUCAAGCCCUACACGUGUCCUCAGUGCGAUAAGGUCUUCCGCCGGAACUGCGACCUGAGACGCCACGCCCUCACGCACAACCUCACGUCUCCGCUCGACCUCGACCUGGGCUCCCUCCCCCCCUCCUCCUCCGACUCCCCCCUCCACUCCCUCGAGAUGCCGUCGCCCCCCGCCGUGUCCCGCUCUCGCCGGCGGUCGCGCGGGCGCGGCCGGCGACGACGAGCGGGACGGCGGCCUCGCGGCGCCCAGGACCUACAGCAGCAGCAGCGACGAGGAGGAGGUCGCGCGGGCGGGCAAGCGGUCCAAGAUGGACGCCGCCUUCGCCGACGCCGACGACCCCAUCAACAGCGCCGACUUCGAUGACGACGACGAGGACGACUUCGGCAAGGAGGACCUGGUGGACGACGACGACGACAGCAACCCGUCGAGCCCGCCCACGCUGCUCGGGAGGUUCCGGUCGGAGGCGCAGAAGGAGCCCCUGAACCUCGGGGCGUCGAGCUCGGCCUCCCUCGCCUCCUUCAGUAUAGCCUCCAUCAUGGGCGGAGCCGACUAAGCUCUCGAGGGAAGCGAAUAUUAAUGUUAUUGUAGAAGAUUAACUAUCUAAUUCCGAAUUCUUUAUAAGAAUAUUGACCGCUUGCGUCUGUCACACGGACGGUGGGCGAGACGCGGCGUUAGAUAACCCUGUAAUAUAGCGAAGGAAUGGGCGUGGCAGAGGGCGUGGCCAGAACGAACCGAGUGAGGACCCUACAUGCCAGGAGACGCGUCCCGGCUCCGACAUCUAGUCAUUUCACGGUAGGACGACGACCUGGAGGAGCGUUGUGCUGGUGACGAGAUGACGCUGGCGAGGAGGACGUGUGAGGGACGGGGACGGAGGGACGGGGACGGAGGGACGAAGGGCAGGACGCGAAGGAUACGCCGAGGAUGACCAGGCUGGCGAAGCGGAAGGAAUCGCUACGGCUUGCCUGGCGAAGCGGACCUUUGUCGUAGAUUGAGAGAGCAGGACGGAGAUCGCAGUCCUCCUAUCCAACGCGCUCGAAGGGUGGCGAUGGCGGUCUUGUCCCGAAAACGAGGCAUUCGCCAUCCGCGAAAAAUGAACUUGUAUAAUCUCACCAAAUAUCUGCAGAAGACACUUUGGAUACUAUACAUAUAACCUCAUUUUUACGUGUUUUGUAAAGCGUAUACAACGCACGACGCACAAGACAAGAAGAAGGAGAAGAAAAGGAAAAAUCCACAAAGCUCAAAAUUCCUCUCUUGUUUUCAUCUCGUCAACAAAUGAAGAUUUUCUCUCGGCACGCCCGGGUUAGGGGGACGACCGGACGCCCCUCGUUCUCGCCGUGCCCGACCUCCCCCAGCCGGAGUGCGCGCGCCUCUCUGCAUUUCCAGAACUUCCACGCCCAGGACACGGUCACCUACAUCCCUCUCUGGACUCAGGUGGUAUACUGAGGUUACCUAUUGCCCGUGAUGGCGGCGACAAAGACUCUGGUGGACGCGAAGGGCAAUGCUAAUUUUCAAUGUACCAAAGAUUGACUCCUUCCGAUGGGCGUUGGGUUCGUAGUGGUCAAAAAAGGGACCUUCCUGAUCCUGAUCCUGGAAUCACUUCGGAAGUUUCCUGAUUAUUUUUUUUUCUGUAAAUAUCAAAGACUCUCAUUUUUUAAGCGGCAUUUAGUUUUUUUUUCUUUUUUUUUGGGUGGAAGAUGGCUGUCAAGUGGACGGCCAGGAGAGGAUCCGGUGACGUGGAUAAGUUCGGUCGGAUGCUGAGGAGGAAUCUUGUUCCUUUUGUGUGGCUGAACGAGUAAAGGGUUAUAUUAAACACAUGGCACCUUUGUGAGGGUUUUUCUUUUUAGGCAUUUCAAACGCACCUCUGUAAAACGGAGAAUCUUGACAGAAGGCCACCCAACGAACGUGUCAUUGUAGCUGGCGAGAGAGAGAGAGAGAGAGAGAGAGAGAGAGAGAGAGAGAGAGAGAGAGAGAGAGAGAGAGAGAGAGAGAGAGAGAGAGAGAGAGAGAGAGAGAACAGUCCUUUAAGACCGCUGCCAUAGACAUUGUAGAUUAUAUACUGCUGUAUGGUGGCUUUUACUUCAAUACCUCAGUAUAAUUUAUUCACUUCUAGUUUUUUUGUUGUUGUUAUGUGUUAGAGUAAAGCUGCGGGUCAUUUGUUAGUUGCUUCAUGCACACACAGUAAAGGGAGGUGAACACCAAAUAGGUAUAUGCAGUAUCUGUGUAUCUAUCUAUCUGUCUAUAUUUCUCUAUGUCUAUCUGUCUAUAGAUGAAUACAUAUAUACAUAUAUGCAUACACUAUACAUAGAAGUACAUACACACAUGUACACACAAACAAACACACACACACACAAACUCAUACUUAUACGCACACACUAAAAAUAUAUAAACUACACUGAUUUAUCCUUGGAACUACAGCUACACCUCACUUCUUGACAAAAAUUCCCUCUUCUUAUCUAAAUUCUUCAGUUAUCUUGUGACUGAUCAUGAUACAAAGAUUACAUCCCGUAUCAACCGCAUAUCAGUCGUAUUGCAGAUGCUGAAGAAGAUCAAUCUGUCAGUAGUUGUUAUACAGCUUUUAAAAAAAAUCCGAUAGCAUAGUUUUGCAGCCAUGAUAUAUUCUGGCGUCUGAGCUCCCUUUUUUCCUAAGGAAAAUAAUUCUCAAGUCGAUUCAUAUAUCCUCAUAGCUAGGAAAACUUACCUUGUCCACCCUUGCUUGGUAAAACAUUUUCCCUGACAAGUGGCAAACAAGCAGUCUCCUCGUUAAGGGUGACAGUUUCCGCGCCACCAUUACCCCAGUUGCCACCAUUACCGCAGAUGAUACGAAUGCGACGAUAGAGCCAUGACUUCGGCUUUGCUUGGAGUUAGGAAUCAAUGUUUACCUGCUUGUCUUGAUGUAAAAAUGAAUCCAACAUUGCCAUACAGGUAAAAGACUUGCAAAAUUGUUUCUGGAGUGAAGACUCUGUCACGGUUAAUAAUAAAUCACAGACACCUUAACCCGAAGUCGAAGCUCCAUCACCGCAUUCGCACAGUCCGCGGUAAAAGCAGUAACUGUGACCGAGUUACAGGCUCCCUUCUCGGUAAGGUGACACGCGCAUCUUGCAGGAAGGGAUAACCUCUCAUCCCACGGUGUAAGGUAACGCAGCCUCCCAACCAGAACCUCAGCUAAGCGUCGUUACCUUCCAUAUCCGAGUCAGUAACGCAGACAAUCCUGUACAAAGCACGGCGACCCAGCGAGCUGUUGAGUACUCAGUGUUGUGUGAAACUAAUGUGUCUCCUGUAUGGAUUUUCAUCAAAUAAAACAUUAAACAUCA